GUUUUGAUGUUGACACGCGCAAUCACGUGACGUUCAACAAUAGCCAGACUUUACGAGGUCCACCCGCGAGAAGUUUCUGCCGCCCAGCUACUUUUUAAACAAACCGGAAACAAAUCCAUCCAUUGCCAGCAAGGCUACCUGAACCCAUCAUCAUGCGAACUCCAGGGAUUUUUAUUUUCGGGAUGGUGCUCGCGCCUUGCGGCUGGAUCCUGGAGCUGACCAGCACCGUGGCACCAGCCUGGCGCACGAUCAACAACAUCCCGGGGGAACCCAGCGACCUGGUCAUCCAGCAGGGAUUAUGGGACAUCUGCAGGACUUUCACAUCGUCCCGGGAUAUUCAGUGCAGCCAGCAGGACACGCGGUACUUCGGCGCCCAGAUCAUCCAGAUCGCGCGAGGUCUGAUGCUGUCGUCGCUCAUCCUCAAUAUCAUUGCCAUCGGCGUGGCCUCAGCUGGAGUCCGAUGCUGGACUGAGAAACCAAACUGGACGGUCGCUGGGGUCGGAGGUCUCCUCAUCUUCAUCUCAGGGGUCCUCACCAUCAUCCCAGUGGCGUGGUACACUCACAUCAUGACCUCCAUCUUCUCCGCAUCCACCGAUGUCCGUGUGGGAUACUGCCUGGUGCUGGGCUUCAUCGGCGGGAUCAUGGAGGUCCUCGGUGGGCUGGUGAUGUCCAUCGGUCUGUGCCUGCGCUGCAGCGGUCAGAAGCGCGUUCCCUCUCCGGCGCGCAGAGACACGGUGCCCAGCGUCAGCAGCGGCAGCAGCGUCCCCUAUUACUCCAAACAAAGCGAGAUGGACUUCUCACGGGCCAAGACACAGCAGGACAGCAGACCAGCGACUAGCACUGCUUACAGAGCACGACCUUACGACACAGAUUUGUGAAAGAACUAACUUUUGAUCUCGUGAACAAACUGCACGCAAGAAACUCAUCAUGAUAACCAUCGCUUACCGCGUAAAAAUCGCGAUUGACGGUCAGAUGAAAUCAGAUUCUUUUUAAUAACAGUUCUGUUUAGGGUUAUCCCUUCAAUAAAUAUUAGAUUUAAGAUAUUUAACCCUCAGAGGAAGCCGGUUUACUUCACUAUAUUACAAUUAAAUCGUAAUCAUGAAAAACUAGCCUAUAUAUCGUUGGAAAAGUCUCCGAAAUAGAUAUUUUACCGGUGUUAUUUUGUUACAAAUUAUGUAGGAACAUAGAUUAAUUUAAGACAAGAGUGCUCCUCAAAAAUCUACAUCAUGAUAGGAGUGUUGACCUUUGUCACAAAAAGUAUCAUCAUAAAUUAUAUAUCAAAACCUCAAAUUUCAUCAUGUGAAAAACAUUUAAAAUCUGACAUUGCUUUACCAAGAAAAGUCAUAUUAAAAUGUAUUCAUUCAUGAAUUAGUUUGAAUAGUGCACUGUAUUCAAUCUGUAUUCAAAAAUGGUGGUGACAGUUUAGAGGUUAAUGUCAAAUAUUUUGGAAAAAUAUGUAUUUUGUACACUCUAAAUCUUAAUUUGUUAACCUAGAAAGACUUGUUGCCUCAGAAAUAUAUAUUAGAUAAUAUUUAGUAUAUUAAAGUUUUCAUAAAGUGGGUUUUUGAGCAACUGAGACAAUAAGCAAGAUUUUUUUUCAGGUAGACUAAUGUUAACAUUGAAAUUUACAAUGAAAGUUCCUUAUAUUUUAGUAAAUCUUGUUGUACAGUUGUAAAAGGAAGUGGCCUAAAUUUUAUAUAGUUGUUUACACAUAUUUUUUUUAUUGCAAGUCAUGUGUUUUAAGUUACAUUUUAGGAUGUUUAGUUCAUGUUAAACAUUAUUUUAGUGUGUGUGUGUGUAGGCCUGCUGUCUGUAUGUUUUUAUUAGCCGUGGUUCACGGAAAGGUUAUUUUGAUUAACUGUAAUUCAUCAUGUGACCUAUUGUUUACCACCUGUAUUAUCGUGGAUGUUAUCGGUCAUGUCAGCUAUAGUAUUUUAGCGGAAACGAUGGAUCUGCCAUCAUAAAUAUUGUACCUGAUAAGGUUUUGAAGUUCUAUUGAAGAGCACUAACACCAUUAGUUUGGUUCUGUACAUUGCACUUUAUAUUGCGAGGCCCUCAUCAUUGCAGAGGCAGUAGGCCUACCCUCCAUCUCUUUUUGUAGUAGCAUACUAAUGUAUAAAUAUUUAACUUAUCAGGAAGCUCUAGAGUUUGUACAGUUAUACCAAGAAAAAUAAAUUCUGAAGGAAGCUAAUCUUUGCACAGCCACUGCUCACAUAGGCUUGGAAUGUUUGCAGAAAUGUCUGUCACUGGUGUUUACGAUAGACAGAACGAUAUUCAGAAUAUCUCUGUGGAAGUUUUUGUGAGCGGUAAUGUCGUAAUUGACGUCCACCCAUCAAAUCUAGGGCAAAUGAUUGAAGGCUGUUUAUUUUUCUGUAUGUUUAUGAUUGUGAUAGAUGAACAAUAUCCGCAUAUGUUUACCUGUAUUAAUAUAAUAAAAAAUAUGUGUACAAUUUUAUGCGUUCCAAUAAUAAAUGUUGUCCUCCUUU